AUGUCUGCCAUGGACACAGAUUCAACAGAGAGGCCCUCCGUGGACCAAGAGGUCAAAGAAGUGAGCGAAGAAACCAAGACGGCUGCACCCUCAGAAGCUUCAGUCCUUCCCCAAAAGCGACCCGCCGAAGAUGACGCUCCCCCCAUGUCCAAGAACGCCCUCAAGCGCCUGAGGAAGCAGCAAGAGUGGGAGGCCGGCAAGGAGGAUCGCAAGCAGAAGCGCAAGGAGAACCGCCAGGCCCGCCGCGUCCGCAAGCGCGAGGAAAAGGCCGCCCUCGUCGCUCAGGGCAUCAACCCGGACGCCCAGAAGACCCAGAAGCCCCCCUCGGUCAGCGUCCCCGUCUCGCUCAUCUUUGACUGCGACUUUGAGCAGUACAUGAUGGACAAAGAGCUCGUGUCGCUCGGGAGCCAGAUCACCAGGUCGUACUCGGAGAACAAGAAUGCUCGCUUCCGCACGCACAUGUUUGUUUCUGGGUGGAACGGGAAGCUGGCUGCGCGUUUCCAUGAGGUGCUUGAGGACAAGCACAAGAACUGGAAGGGCAUUGAUUUCCUUGAAGGAGACUUUAUUGCUUGCGCUGAAGAGGCGCGUAAGAAGAUGCAGGAGAACGGUGGCAAGAUGAUCGACCCCCUGCAAAAGAGUCUCGACGAAAAGGUCCCCUGGGAGAGGGACGAGAGGGACCCCUUCCCCAUGCCCGACCCUGAGCCUGAGCCGCGAGAAGAGUACAAGGACAUUGUGUACCUGUCCUCCGACUCUCCGUACACGCUCGAGCGGCUCGAGCCCAACACGAGCUACGUCAUCGGCGGGCUCGUCGACAAGAACCGCGAAAAGGGACUGUGCUACAAGCGGGCGCGGCAGCUUGGCAUCCGGACCGCUCGGCUGCCCAUCGGCCAGUACAUGGUGAUGGCGAGCCGGCAGGUGCUCGCCACGAACCACGUCGUCGAGAUUAUGCUCAAGUGGCUCGAGUACGAGAACUGGGGUGACGCAUUCCUUAGCGUUAUCCCCAAGCGUAAGGGAGGACAGCUAAGGCAGCAAGAGGGUGCUUCAGGCGAGGUGGACGAAGAUGAGGGCGAAGAGGCCGAGGGUGAAGCUCAAGAGCCUGUUCCAGAAGCAGAGACCGAGGAAGCUGCUUCAAAACCAUAG